ACACGUUCACAUUAGCUUAGGGCUCCCUCCACCAAGACACUCCAAGUUUUACUACCAAAAGCCACCCUGCAAAAGCACUAAAGACUUUCUAGGAGUGAGUGACACAGGAAACUGAUCGUCAUGGACACCUCUGCAGCAUCCCAGGCCCAGGCUGGCUACACGGGCGACUACGUCCAGCGAUUCCAGUUCUACCUUCAGCAUUCUGGGGAGCACACGGCCAUGCGAGAGUUCAUGGACAAAGUUCUCCCUGCUGAAUUUGCAAGAAUUGGAGAAGGAAAAUCUGAUGUGAAGUAUCUUGGGGUUGGAAGUGGCCAAGGUGAAAUGGAUUGCCACAUGCUGAAUAUUCUGAAGUCAAAGUUCCCCUCGUCUCCCCUCAGUGCUGACAUUGUGGAGCCGAGCACUGAUCUCAUCGGAAACUUCAAAAGUUCUGUGGCGAAGGACGCAAACUUCCAGAAGAUUCCUUUCACGUGGCACCCGGUGUCAUGCGCUGACUAUGAGAAGCAAGUUAAGGGCAUUAAAGACGCCAAGAAAUUUGAUUUCAUGUCCAUGAUUCAGAUGCUCUACUACAUGGAUGACUACGUUGCCGUCAUCAAGUUCUUCCACACUCUCCUGAGAGAAAAGGGAAGGCUGAUGAUAAUUCAUGAAGCAGCUGGCAGUGGCUGGGGGACCCUGUGGAGCACCUUCACAAAGGACCUGUGCACCAAGUCGGUCACCAAGUACAUCUCGGCGGGAGACAUCAAGGGGGAGCUGGACAAGAUGGGUCUGAAGUACGAGGAGCACAGCAUCCCCAACACCAUGGACAUCAGCGAGUGUUUCGUACCGGGCAGCCAGCUGGGGGCCAUGCUUCUGGACUUCAUGACCGAUCAGGACAGCUUCGAGAAGGCCUACAGCGCCGAGACCAAGGCCAAGAUUCUGGACCUGCUCCGCAGCAAGUGCUGCACGGAGAAGGAUGGUCGCUUUAUGUUCGACUGCAGCCUGACCGCUUUGCUCAUACAUGCUUAAAAGGUGCACUGUGUAGGAUGGUGGCCAGAGUAGGUAUUGCAACUAUUCCGCUCACUGAAAUUGGGCUGUGUACUGCCAGAUCUGACAUGUUAAUGAAUAUUUACCAAAUAAUGAACAAAUAUUUACUAGUCUGACUAGAAGUACUAGAAGUACAGUAGGUUUGCAGCUAAAAAUGUCUAUUACUGGAAAUUCAAAAUGACAGACAACGGAGAUUCCCCUUUUCAUGUUUCCAGUCAUGAGGAAUACUUAGAAUUUGAUGGUGUUGGUAAGUAUUCAUGAAAAGGCUAAUAUUUGUGAAUGGGCAGCAUGGAUUGUGGAAAUAAACUACCAAAAAAUAUUACACGGUGCACCUUUAACUCUUGAAAAUAGUUGCCUGCAGCGCGUCUGACAUGGUUGGUUGUUAUAACUGUUGACUUCAAGUCAAAGACACUGUCAGAAGGCAUCAAGAUAAGUCAGACAGCAGGCAUCGAGAUUUUCUAGUACCAUUUUAAACCAUCAAGUGGACUGGUGCCAUGUUAAAUUUGUAUUUCUUUUUCAGGUGUUCAAGCCAUGCUGACCGUUAGAGGGCAGUGCAGCACACUGUUGAUAAAAUACAAAUAGCUGGAUCUACAGCAGAGGUCGGCAAAGUCAGGCCAUGAGGGCCACAUGCGGCCCACUGCACCAUUUCAUCUGGCCUGCAGAGCCUUUACAAGAAAUGCAACUUUAAUAUCCAAAAUGAUACUGUCACCCAACAUUCUUAAAACGACUCCUCAAGACAGUGGUGUUGCAGGCUUGAAAUUAAUCAAAUACAUAGGCUACUGUAUUAAUCUGAAUACAUUUCAUUAGGAAAUGCAGGAUUGAAAUAGCCAGUGGGUCAUGUCAUAGUACAUUAAAGGACCAGUUUGGUCAAUUUCAACAUGCAGUUGUAAUGCUCACACUACCCUGGACUUGUCAGUACCUGAGAUUUUUUUUUCUUCUUCUUCAGCCUUUUCCGAGAUCUUGGUCAUUGUAAUGGGGGCAGCUCUUUGUUUACAUUUCAUAAAAACAUUUUUAUUUAUUCCCAAAAACAUCCAAAAGGUUAUACAACAUCAGCAGACAACUAACAAACAGCGGUGCCUUAUGGGAAAAUAUUUGGAGUAGGCCUAUGUUAAUAAAAAAAAAAAAGUAAACAAACGCUGCCCCCAUUAGAAUAGCUCAUAUCUCGUAAAGGGCUUAGCCGAAAAAUGUGGCAUCACCGGGUACUGACAAGUCAAGGGUAGCGUGAGCAAUACAACAGCAUAUUGAAAUUGACUGAACUGGUGCUUUAUGACGGGCAAAAUGUUUGCGACAUCUGGCCCUUCGUUCAAUGUUCUUAACCCAAUGUGACCCUUCGGCCAAAAUAAUUGCCCACCCCUGAUCUGCAGUAUAUGGUAAUAAUCAGGGCUGUAGUGGAGGGUAAACGCACGUAAACGCCGUUUACGCACCUCUGGAAUUUAGGAAAUAGCGUUUACCCACCUCUAAAUAGCGUUUACCCACCUCUAAAUAGCGUUUACGCAGCUCUUAAUGGCAAUUACGCACGUCAAA